GCCGCGGCCCGUCGCUCCCGCCCCCGCCGGGAGUCCGACGUGGAAGUUGCUGGCGGAGCGGACUUCCAAGGGAUCCGCCUGGAGCCGGAGCCGGAGCCGGAGGCCGGAGGCCGGGGCGAGCAGGGGCGGCGGCGCCGAGGCUCGAAUAGCAGUCGCUGCCGAGGCCGGGGCCCGUCUCUGACCACCGACGAGGGCGGACAGGCGGUUCAUCAUGGGUGGCUUUUUCUCAAGUAUUUUUUCCAGUCUGUUUGGAACCCGGGAAAUGAGGAUUUUAAUUUUGGGAUUAGAUGGAGCAGGAAAAACUACAAUUUUGUACAGAUUACAGGUUGGAGAAGUCGUUACUACUAUUCCUACUAUUGGAUUUAAUGUUGAGACAGUAACAUACAAGAACCUUAAAUUCCAAGUCUGGGACUUAGGAGGACAGACAAGUAUCAGGCCAUACUGGAGAUGUUAUUAUUCAAACACAGAUGCAGUCAUUUAUGUAGUAGACAGUUGUGACCGAGACCGAAUUGGCAUUUCCAAAUCAGAAUUAGUUGCCAUGUUGGAGGAAGAAGAGUUGAGAAAAGCCAUUUUAGUGGUGUUUGCAAAUAAGCAGGACAUGGAACAGGCCAUGACUCCCUCAGAGAUGGCAAAUUCACUUGGGUUACCUGCGUUAAAGGACCGAAAAUGGCAGAUAUUCAAAACUUCAGCAACCAAAGGCACUGGCCUUGAUGAGGCAAUGGAAUGGUUAGUUGAAACAUUAAAGAGCAGACAGUAAUUCAAUCACUUCUGCCUCUGUGAAAUGAAGCUACAUCACAUAUUCCUUUGGAAGCAGUUAAGUAUGCUUCAUGCUACUAAAUGUUAAAACUGUGUGAUUGUUGGCAUAUGCUGAACUGACUACAAUACUUGUAAUAAAUAUAAAAAAUAAGUAUUUGGUUGGAAGGGUAGCUCACCCAUGAUUGAACCAACUGAAUGUUCUGUGUAAUGUAAAAUCCUUCCUUGCUUUUUUGUGUUAAGUAUAUAUUCUAUUUGUAUGGAAUUCAUAUUCAAAUAGAUUCCUAUUAAAGAAUGUACUCUUAUUGAGGAAAAACCCUCCUAUUUUUGAAUUAGUGGUUGCAUCUUGUGUGUAUAAACACUAAUAAAUAUCUUAACAGAUUUUUUCCCCCUAAAAUGAUUAUGUUUUUCCAAAGAUUAGACUCAGUAGAGGGGAACAAAGCGUGGGUAAUAUAGUCUUCAUUUGCUAAAUGACCAUUUUAUUUAAGCUGUUUUGUUGUUUGUUUUAAGCUUUUGGGAAUAGGCAUGAAGCUGAAAAAUUAUUUUGGUGGUUAACCUGAUACCUGUAAUUGUCAUUUUAUAGUACUUUAUAGUUGUUGAAAAAAUUUUACAUAUAUACAGGAACCCAGUGAUGUAGGUAGGACAGGUUGUAAUGUCUUUAUUUUAUGGACAUGGACCCAAGGUUCUGAUAAGUUGGCUUGCUCAGGAUCACCUGCCAGGUGGGAACAGGCUCAAAGUGAGAUUUCAGGGUCAGAAGCUUAUCCCAUAAACUACACCAUAAAUUCCUGAAUAUGUCAACACUGGCAACACAGACAACCUUAAGUGCUUAAGUAAAAUUAUGCUAAUUGAAGUAGAUAUAGUACAUUCAAAAUAAUUUCUAUAAAUAUGCUAUACCAGUAGAGGUAGUAAAAACAAUCCUAAAUGGUUAUAUUUGAUGGAAUCCACAACAUAUUAAAGGAAAUUUUAAAAAUCUAUUUUAAGAA